CGGGUCGGGUGUGCUCCAACUGCGUGUCGUGUUUAGACCAGACCCAAACAAACGGGAAGUUUACAGUUCACAAAUUUUUAUGAGCAGACGGGAGGCUACUCAUUUGUAGAUUUCCAGCGGUAUGGGUGUGAAUAUUUACAUCGUGUUAGCUGGGAUUCUAAUUCUUGGAGCAGAAGCCGGGGAUCUGUCCCGAUGUCCCUCCAACCUGUCCAGGAACCCCUACCUCAAAAGUUUCGGCGAGCUGUGUUACCAGUUUGUGCGGUAUGAGAAGUACUGGGGAGCAGCGAACAGAGAUUGUAGGCAGCGGGGAGGACACCUGGUGGUCGUCAAGAACAUGGACACACAGCAGUUCAUCAUGAGGUCCCUGAGAGACCUCCGUUGGAGGACAAAUGGCGUCUGGAUUGGUGCCAAUGACCUCUCAAGGGAGAUGCGAUGGGAAUGGAUCACAGGUGAGCGAGUUGGCUUCAGCUACUGGGCGCCGAGUCAACCGAGCUGCCACAUCUUGUGUAUGGAGGACUGUGCUCAGAUCCGACUGGAUGAUGGCGGCCGAUGGCACGACUACAAGUGUGACGGUCUGGCGUUCCACUACAGCUAUGUCUGCCAGUACAAUAUGGUACCCACCACAACCAGUACGACGACCACCACCACCACCACAACAACAACAACAACUACAACUACAACAACCACAACACCGACAACGACAGAAUCAACAAGCACGACGAAGCCGACAACAGAGAUUCCUCCAAAUUCAACCAUCACCUACGUGGUCAUCAAACCCCUGGAGAAGAAGACGAACCUCCAGUCUGCCAACAAGAUGAGGACCACGACAGCGGAGACCACCCAGUCGACCUUGACCUCCACCACAGAGAGGCCACAGGUCAAUGUGAUUGGACAACUGAGUGAAGUAAAGAAGAUUGAGCCAACCGAACCAGCUAAAUGGACUACAGGUACAAUGAUCGGGCUCAUCCUGGCUGUCCUGCUCGGACUUCUUAUUGGCGUGUGUCUGGGCGCUUUCUUCUUCGUCAGACGGCGCAAGAAGUCGGACCAAGAGGACCUGCCUAGAGUCGUCUACGAGAACCCUUACUAUGGCGAAGUAACCCGACCGUUGACGGAAGGUCACGAAGAUUCAGACGAUGGGGAAAAGGCAACGGAAGUGAAAUUCCUGGAUGAUGAUAUUCCAAAGAACCAGUACGACAUCCCUCCCUCACUCAGUCUCAGCAACCCCACGUACGGGGCUAACGUCAUGCUGUCUGGGAUGGAGGGGGCGUACGAUGUGGUGCGCACAAGGAAGGUCAGUGACUAUGACUGUCCACCCAAGCCGUUUCCCUGCUGUGAGGCCAUGAGCCCUGAAGGGGACCACGUGGAAAACCUGUACGAGAGUCUAGAAAAUCUCCAGAACUUAAAAGCAGCUCUAGCUGAGAAAGAAGGCUGCUGUUCUGAGAAACCACCAGAGGAGGAGGAGCGAUAUGUAGUGAUGGGCUCCAUUCCAAGACAAAACAAGGAGCCAUGAGUGGGCAACACUGCAAUAUAUCUGGCCUAGGGCAUUUGUGCUAAGACAUAUAGAAGAACCAGGGUUAUUUUGAUAUCCACAGUCGUGUGUUCAAAACAACCUAUCCCUAACAUCGAAUUAUUUCCUAUUUCAUCUGGUAAUGAAGGAUGAUGAUUGCUUGUUAAUGUACAAGGUGAAUCGCAUGUGCCAAUGUCUUCCUGUGUACAGACUGUCAACUUACACACCACUGGACAAAGGGUGCGGGGUGCACAGUGGUCUGAGGCAGAGUUGUACGUCUUAGCCAUACAAGGAUCCGCUGAUCCUUGAUUCGUAUUCCAGAACCCCGUGCACGACGGUAUCACCACAUCUGUGACAUGCAUCGCAUCGAGCAUUCGUGUCACGUCAAGCGGACACGGUAUGAAAUAUCUGAAAUACUGUGCAAGCUGCGUUAAACCACUUCACAUUCUCUGACUCAUUUAAAAACAUGAUAAUCAUUUUUCAAAAACAAUACGAAAAGGAUCGAUAAACGACACCAAAUCAUAACAAAAUUUCAUAUAGCGGAGUUAUCAUGAUCAUUGCAAUGCUUGUGUGGAGAACAUAUUAACAUGGGGUGACCAUAUUCAUUCCGCUCAAUCGUCUGUCCCUUUAUGCCUUCUCUUGUCAUUUCAUCAAGACAAGAUCCCUUCAUAAUUAUGAUACACAAUCUUCAUUGACUUGACCCUGUCCAGAUGUUGGAGAACUAGUCACAACGUGUUCAAAGGCGCUGCAAUUCAUUGUGCAGGGUUGUGUUCCUGAGCUGUCAGGUUCUAAUGAUAGUGGGUUAGAACCUGGGAUUCUCCUUGUUCAUACUCCCAAUCACCAUAUACCCUUGCCCUGCAUUAUACGUUCGUAUGUAGGGCUACCCUACACCACAUGUGGCCAUACAGGACAUAACUGAAGCGGCGCCAUAACCCAACCACUCACUCAUUAACACGGAAGUGUGUGUUGUUAGUUGUCACAUGUAUCUUUCAUUCUAUUGUUUGUCAUCAAAUGAACAAUACAAUAAUGUUACUGUUUUUUGGUAAGUUCUGAAACCAUACCGGGGCAACAUUAUUCAGUGAUGUUUACGUACCAUAUAAAUUAACCAGAACAAUGUUCAAUGACUAAUAUCUUGGCGAGUGUAUAUAAUGUUAAUUAAGAAAAACUGAUUUCUAAUAUCUGGAACUUACCUACUUUCCUUAAGUAAGCUGCCUUCAAAGAAGUCCAAGCCCUUCUGGAGAGUUAUAUUCAGACGAAAAGACUCCGUGUCUCAGUGUAAACUGUACAUCACUCUGUUGUCUAACAGUUGUCGCCAACACCGAAUGUCUGGCGUGUUAAUAUCGCUGUAGCGAUACAAGGGAGUAUGAUAUGAGUCUGAUUACAUUUGAACAUUAUUUAUGCAUGUUGAUAAUUAGGCAUCGAGAUAAUAUAAAUGGCAAUGGGAGUAAUUGCAGAAUUGAACAUGUUUGGAAUGGUUACUGAAAUUGUGCUUGUUGUCAUAUGUAUAAUAUAUUACAGUGCCGACGUUAAAGUGAAGUCUGUAUUUAUGAUUAUAUUGUGUCUGUGUUGAUGGCAUGGUAAAUCGCGGGUGAUAUCCAGAUCUUCACGUGUUGUUCCAUAUGUAAUUCAAAGGGACAAUAUAGCCAUGCAUUAAGAACUGUUAAAACCACAGGUGCGUCGAUGCUUGGGUCUCCUGGACGCGACCCUGUCCUAUUCCGUGUUGUCAUUGCUUCUAAACAUCCCCACACGGUAGCGGACUGUAAAAGUCCAGUUUCCACCCUUGCUGAACUAGGCUGGAAUUUCUGGGCUCGAUCCUAGCGCCACCAGUGACCAUUACGAGUCCCUUCUAUAUCCCUCCUACUGACCAAUCAGAUUCCAAUUCUCAUAUCACUUGCAUUUGCGGAGCCCAGUCAGGAUCUGCAUUUUAAUAAAACGGGUCUUACUUCAAAGUGCAACAAAUCUUGUGAGCACCUUCAUUCAAAACAUCAAAAGAUUUGAAAAAUAUCUGUAGAUGCCGAGUUUGCGGCACACAUACUUUCGACCGAAAUUUGCACGGCAGUUUAUGAACAGGAUGUCGAUUACGUCACGCGAAUUUGAUUGGUCUUUGCAUAGAUUUGUUAGUCCAGCCAAAAUGUAACUCCAUAAUUCCAGCCUAGAUCGGCAAGGGUGGAAACUGGACUUUUACAAUCAGUUGACUCCCUUGCCUCGGGAAGAUGAACAUUUUUAGGCAGUCUUUCGGAUUGCGAACAUAAUGUAUAUGUUAUCGGUUUUGUUUGUAUGUUGUGUGGAUGAAGUGUCUUAGGAUGACGCCAACUCGAUACACCACUGACUUCGUUGGAAAUAAUCUCAAAAUAAUGUGUCACUGCCAGGAAAUGUAGUGCCAAAGUCGGAUCUCAGUGCAGGGGGAUAUAUCUGAAUCCUACUUUUAUGACUUCCGGUGUCCGUUCGAGGAGCACCGUGUUCUACAUGGCCCCUUUGCCUCUAUUGUUUAUUGUAAUUACAUUCAGGGUUAACACAUUGAUUGAAUAUCCCUUAUCGAUUGCCUUUACACGUGGAACUGCAAACGUUGUUCGCUGUCUGAGGAAAUAUGAACUGAUGAUGUAAAGUUAAAUCAAUAUGGCUCUAGUCCGCAAUAAUGGCUCAUGUCAUAGUAUUACUGUAAAGUAGAGCGAUAUAUUGCGUGAAUCCAACAUUAUUAUUAUUUUACAAACGUAUGUUUAUGACUAUGCUGUAACCUGUCAACAAAUAUUGACUUCUUGUAGUGUGACACAGUCGACACAUGUAACCAUUAUUUAAAUUUAACAUCACUGCAAACCAAGGUUUCAACUUUGUUGCAUUAAGAAGAAUGGGUUAAUAUUUAAAAAACCCAACUAAUAUCAAAUUUUCACCGCGAUAAUUAUUCAUGAAACAAUAGUAACUGUUUCAAACAAUUACAUGUAUGGUUACACAAAAUGGCCGAAAGUGCUAUUGUGAUUGUAAAUUGACUGAAAAGGUCACACAAGAAUGUAGAUACUGAGACUAGUGCUUCUUAUACGCAUGCAAUAGCAUUACCAUGUUUAACUGCCAUAGCUUUUGUAAGCAUGAGCCGUACUAAAUGUGCAAUUUGUAUCUAGGAAUUUAAACAAGUUUCUUUAGGUGUAUCUUAUUGUAAUAUGUGUAAAAAGUCAUCGUAUUGUACAUAGCAUGUAUGAAUAUAUUAUAUUUUUUGUCAAAGUGCAUGUGAUUAUGUCAAUUUGUGACUGGUGCAUUAUGAACAAGAAGUUUGGCAAGAAACAAAUCAUUCAUCGAACAGCGCAAAGGUCGUGAAGAUGCUGACACUGUUCGCAUGUGUGACAGAUAAAGACAUUUCAAUCCUAAACAACUCAAAACGUCAUGGAUGCAACGUAUACCUUUUCCAGAGAAAUCGGGCGUUGUGAGGCACGUUUCUAUCUACUGUUUUGACAGUGUGGUCGAGUUGCUGGGUGGUAUGUGACGGUGUGCUUGUGCAUAAUAUCCAUUAGUACAGAUGCAUAUUCAUGUGGAUGCAUUUACCCCCAAUAUCAUAUACAGCACAAAGCAAGUGAUACAGUUUAAUACAUUGGAGUACACACUGCGAUGCAUCUUCACAAAUCGGUCCCAUUAUUUUGACAAUCAAUUCGAAACUGUUAUACCUUUACACGGUUCGACAAAAUAUGUGACGCGUUUGGCGAAAUACUAUGGGGUAUGCAUUCGCUUUGAGCAACAGUUGUGUAUUUCUUCUCAAUUUAAUGGUAGUAAAAAUGACAUUACUGUCGUGAAAAAAUCUCUGCAUGUGACCAGUUAAUUAUCCACGGCCAGUCUUGACUUACAUUUCAUCAUACACGUCUUUUCAUUAUAUAUACCAUUGUUUUUAUUUUCAGUUUAUUCCAUGGAUAUCAUACAGUGCUUUGUGUAUGUAGAAGUACCUAUUGUCUUUAGUAAUGGGCGAAACAGGUCCCCGUCAUUGUAAAUAGCAUCUUUGUGUUGUUCCAAGGUAUACAAAUUUAUCAUUGAUAGUAAGAUUUUGUAUUAAACUUGCAAGGCUUUGAAACGA